AGAUCAAGAAAGGUUUGGCAGAGAGAAGUUACACCAAAAGCCAUGCAAGACGAAAGGAAGAUGGAUUUGAGGCAACUACAGGAUGUAAUGGAAGAGCCAAAAGGUGGCAUGGUGGUGAAGAAGGAGACCCCCAUUUCUGAUGACAUUCGACACACACCAGAACUCGAUUCUGGCUCUGCGCUGCAACUCUUUCUUGAUCGCAUUCCCAUCGCAACAAUUCCUGGCAUCAAAAACUCACCUGAAAUACAAGUUUUGGAACUGAAUGCUGGGCAUACCGUAAGAGAAGCUAUACACAUGUUGUUCGAGAAGAAUGUGUGUGGCGCCCCCAUCGCUGAUGCUUUAGACCCUGAUGCAACAGUUGCAAGAUUUUCCGAUCGCUAUAUUGGUUUUAUUAAUUUUGCAAGCAUCCUUCUUUGGUCACUGCACAAAUGUGAAAUAACUCAUGAUAAAAUCAAGGAAAAAGGUGGUGGGAGUUUCUUCACCAUGCUUGAUCAAAAUCCUCAAAUUGGCCACACCAAGAUUGGUGAGCUAGCCACAUCAUUUCUAUGGGAUCCUUUCUUCCCUGUGCGCUUAGAUGACACUCUCUUUCAUGUUCUACUACUGCUUUCGAAGCAUGGCCUGCAAGUCGUGCCGGUGGUAGAGCAAUCCAAAUCGCAGGUCAUUGGUUUUGUUACACAGAAUGCAGUAAUGCAGCUGCUAAUUCAAUCAAGUGGACUAGACUGGUUCGAUGGGAUUGCAGACAGAGCUUUAUCCAAAUUCCGGUUUGAGAAUGGAGAUCAUGUUGUUCAAGUCUAUGGAGACCGAAGCUUAGCAGAAGGUCUUCGGAUGAUAUGCCAGAACCAAGUUGGUGCAAUUGCAGUUAUUGCAAGAGAAACCAGGAGACUUAUUGGUACUAUCAGAAGAAGUGACAUUUACCUUCUUCUGGAGGAUGAUAAUCUUAUCCCUAAUAGAGAGACUCUAACCACAGAGGAAUUCAUUCACAUGGAAACCGGUAGAGCAGACUCUGACCCCACCAUUGAGCGAGACAUCGGAGCCCUUAUCUCUGCAGGAGCUCUCCGCCUUAAAAACAGGUUCCUUCCAAGAAUGGACCAGCCAGUGACUAGUAAGAAAACUGACACCCUCAAGCAAGCCAUGAAGAAGCUGGUUGAUACAAAGAGCAAUGUCUGUUUUAUAGUAAAUGAUUCACAUCAGGCAAUUGGUUUACUCACGUUAAGAGACAUAAUCAUUCAGUUUGCUCCACCCUGCAUGGACUCAAGUUUUCAUGGAGGCGGCUUCUUUGAAUCUGCUCUAGAACAGACUGGUUGCAAAGUCAAAAAUGGAACCGUAGUUCGUAAUUGCUGACUUGUUUACUUGGUAAGAAAUCCAUAAGCACUGAUAGUACGUUAAUAUAAUGUUUGUCUAAAUGUAAAAGAAUUAUGUCCUUACGAAA